GCUGCAAACUGUAUGCAUGUUGUCUGCCUUUACUGCAGAGUAAAUGUGCAAUAUCAAGCUUAUAUGAAAGAAAAAGUACAGAUAACCCAUUAUGGUGAAUAAAAGCCCUUUAUGGAAAAGGGUGAGGUCUUACCAUGGACCUGUUCCCAGGGCGAGGCACGGGCAUCGGGCAAUCGCCAUCCGAGAGUUGGUGGUAUUGUUUGGAGGUGGAAACGAGGGAAUAGCGACCAACCUGCAUGUUUAUAACAGUGCGACCAAGCAGUGGUUUCUGCCUGCAGUAAGAGGGGAUAUCCCACCUGGAUGUGCUGCUCAUGGCUUUGCCUGUGAAGGCACACGGAUCCUGGUGUUUGGAGGCAUGGUUGAAUUUGGCCAAUAUACCAACAGUCUCUAUGAAUUGCAGGCUAGUCGCUGGCUGUGGAAGAAACUGAAGCCCCGGCCACCGAGGAACGCAUCACCUCCAUGUCCACGGAUUGGUCACAGCUUCACUCUCCAUGCCAACAAGUGCUACCUCUUUGGCGGGAUGGCCAAUGACAGCGAAGAUCCAAAUGGCAAUAUACCACGAUAUUUGGAUGAUUUCUAUGAAUUGGAGCUGCAAGCUCAAUCUGGAGUCAAAUGCUGGAACUUUCCAGAAACCAAAGGUGGAGGUCCAUCUGCCAGGGAAUCCCAUAGUUCUGUGGUGUACUGUGGGAAGGGUGGCAGUGCCACUAAGCUCUUCAUUUUUGGGGGCAUGUGUGGGUAUAGACUGAAUGACUUGUGGCAGCUAGACAUUGAAACUAUGACUUGGUCAUUACCUCAAACCAGAGGGCAAUUCCCACUUCAUAGGAGUCUACACACCUCCAACGUGAUAGGAAACAAGUUAUAUGUGUUCGGAGGCUGGGUUCCUGUUGGAGAGACAGAGGACACGCUCACUUCUGAUGAAGUCAAAUGGGUCUGCACCAACUCUCUUUCCAUGCUAAACCUUGACACACUGACAUGGCACAACCUAACACCAGAAGAACAACAGCAGGGUCAUUCAGGUGUACAGUCGGUUGAAGAGGAAGAAGGCAGUCCGCAUUGGCCGAAAGCAAGAGCUGGGCACUGUGCGGCAACUGUGGGCACACGUUUGUACAUCUGGAGUGGGCGAGAUGGAUACAAAAAGUUGAAUAACUACCAGGUGUGCUGCAAAGAUCUUUGGUACCUGGAAACAGAGAGGCCUUCCACCCCUGGUGCGGUGUUCCUCGUCAAAUCCACAAUCAAUAUGCUGCAUGUUGCCUGGCGCCCCCUACCUGCAGCUGACUCUUACUUGCUUCAAGUGCAGCCCAUUACUUCCCCAUCCAUUGAACCACAGUCAAUACCAACUACCCCUCUAGACCCAGGACAAGGGAAGGAAACUAAACAAAAAGAUUCCCAGCCAUCUCAUAAAACUGGAUGUGUAGAUGCCAAAGUUGGAGGAGAGAAGGACUCUUCAUCACAGGAAAGCCUUUUGAGGCCUAAGGAAAUGGGUGAGGAUGAGGCAGACAACCAAUCAACAGGGGACAGUAGUAGAGGAGGAACAAGCCCUGCUUCCAAUGUCCCACUUACAAAACAGUCUGAAAGAAACACCUCUCCUAUCCCUUCCCAACAGAAUAAGAAUGACUCUGUGUGGUUUGAUGUUGGGGUGUUUAAAACGCUGUUCUGUGAGGUUACAUACUACUUCCUACCUUCUGAGGAUGGUGACCUGGCAUCAAGCUUGUCUGGUCGAAACUCAACUGAUAGUGAGCUCCUGGGUCCUCAUAGUUUCCAUGGUCGUGAGAAGCAGGAGUUGGCUUCAGGGGUCACAUACAAGCUCAGGGUGGCUGGACUGAACGGCUGUGGUCUGGGAGACUUCAGCCCUAUCAGUGAGUUUAAGACCUGUCAGCCUGGAUUUCCUGGGGCACCAUCUGCUGUCAAAAUCACCAAGGAUAAAGACUCCGUGCACAUCACCUGGGAGCCUCCCACCUCUCUGUCUGGAAAGAUCAUGGAGUAUUCCAUGUACUUGGCCGUGAGGAAGAGUCGAGGGAACAACACAGAGCGACCCGGUGAUUUGGCCUUCAUCCGAAUCUACCGCGGCACCAAGACUUCAUGCACAGUCAGCGAAACGCAGCUGAGCAACGCGCACAUCGACUCCUCGGCACGGCCUGCUGUCGUCUUUCGCAUCGCUGCAAAGAAUGAGCAAGGCUACGGUCCGGCCACUCAGAUCCGCUGGCUACAAGAUGCAAGUAAACUCAAAUCCUCAGUGAUGCAGCAGGACUCAAGUUCUCGGUCAGCAGAUCCUGACACCACCUGCAGAUAAACCCUCAACCCUGAUGUGUCAGCCAGCUGUUUUAAGGACUGCUCUGUUUUAAUAUUUAAAUAAAAACCCUCUUGAUGGCUGAAACAGUUUCAGUAUAAUGUUUAAGCAUUUAUACUGUAAGCUUUAGAUGUUCAGAAAAGCAAUGCCUUUACUGUCUUUGUAUAAUAACAAAUGAUCACAGUACACUGUACUUAAAUAAAGUUUAU